AGAAAGCAGAGGAGGUGUGUGUGCAUCUGUGUAGUGAGAGUAAAAGCACAGUGACUUCUCUUUUUUUGUGGAGUGAGUGCUCAGUGUGUCCGUGUGUGUGAGAAGAGAGAGAAGCCGAGUGCAUGUGUGUCUGUGUUGUUGGAAGGAGACGCUGCUGGGUGUGAUGGCUCUUUUGCGUUAGUACUUGUGCGGACAGGAGAGUUGGAGGCAGUUGUUUUGUGGGGACUCGCAGGGAAUGGCAAACUCCACGGUAUCCUUGGAAACAUCUGACUAAAUGAGAAUGGCUGAGGCUAUCUGCUGCACUUUGGUGAACUGUAAUUGUGACAGCUUCAAGCCUGGGAAGCUGAAGAGAAGGCAGUGUGAAAACUGCAAGCAUGGCUGGGUGGCACACGCCCUGAGCAAGCUUAAGGUGCACCACAUGUACCAGAGCAGCCAGGUGGAGAUCGUGCACUCCAAUGUGGUGUUCGACAUCUGCAGCCUGAUGCUGUACGGCACCCAAGCCAUCCCUAUUCGCCUCAAGAUCCUCCUGGACCGCCUUUUCUCUGUCCUCAAGCAGGAGGAGGUCAUCCAGAUCCUCAAUGCUCUUGACUGGACGCUACAAGACUACAUACGAGGAUACGUGCUCCAGGAUGUAGCGGGUAAGGUGCUAGACCGGUGGGCCAUCAUGACGUUCGAGGAGGAGCUUGCCACGCUGCAGCAGUUCCUACGUUUCGGUGAGACCAAGUCCAUAGUGGAGCUGAUGGCUCUGCAGGACAAGGAGGGCCAGGCGGUGUUGGUUCCCAGCACCCGCACCAACUCAGAUAUCCGCACUUUCAUCGAGCGCAACACCCCACGCACUGCUGCCAACCUCCCCGCAUCCAAAGUUGAAAAGUUAAGUGGCAACAGCAUGCACCACUUUGAGAACUUUAUCAACAGCAUGGCCUUCAUGCUGCCAUUCCAACUGUUAGGCUCUGUUCCUGCACCAUUUCUGGGCUCACCAGCAGGGACGCUGCAGCAGCAGCACCAGCAACACCAGCAGCACCAGCAACACCAGCAGCCAUGCUGUGGGUCAAUGGAGCAGCAGAGUCAGAGACGAGAUGAUCAAGGGAGGGACGGUCUCGGGAGGGACAACCCCCUCCCUCUUUCACGUCCUCCAGAGAGCAGCCUGCUAGGUUCCAGCUCUGUCUCGUUCACUACUGAUCUAGACCGAAGCGGAGACAAGACAAUGGACAGCCUCUCCACCACCACUAAGAUUGAGGCAGAGGAGUUCUCCACUAGCGACAACUACUCAGAUGGACCAUCCACGCCCUGCACACCUUCCAUGAGCUCCGAUGUAACACAGAUGUCACCCGAAGGCAAGCUGCGCUCCCUGGACAGGAAUGGGAGCAGUGGUGGAGGGGUCUCAGGGGGCGGUGGGGGCGGAGGCUCUCUGAAGAAGGGGCGUGUGUUUUGCAACGCCUGUGAGAAGACGUUUUAUGACAAAGGCACACUUAAAAUCCACUACAACGCAGUGCACCUGAAGAUUAAGCACAAGUGCACCAUCGAGGGCUGCAACAUGGUGUUCAGCUCACUGCGCAGUCGCAAUCGCCAUAGUGCCAACCCAAACCCGCGGCUACACAUGCCCAUGAACCGCAACAACCGUGACAAAGACCUGCGGGGCAGCAUGUCAGCUGAUGAAAACUCUCAAGGAGAAAAGAGGCCUGAAUAUGGCACCCCCAUCCCCGUGUGCUCUGCAGAAAGCCAUAAAUCAGUGCCCAGCUACAUGGUGAGCCACGUGGAUGCUGGCUCCAAGCUCCACAGUAGUUCAUUCCCCAGCAUGGGCCAGAGUGGCAUCCUCUUUCCCAACUUAAAAACAGUACAGCCAGUCCUGCCUUUCUACCGCAGCCUAGUAACUCCAGCAGAGCUGGCCAACACCCCAGGAACACUACCCUCCCUUCCUCUGUUGUCCUCCUCAGUACCCAUCAAACCCAUCACAGCCCCUGAACCCUGCAUGACAGACCCUGUACCAAAGAAAAAGUCACGGAAGUCAAGCAUGCCAAUAAAGAUAGAGAAGGAGGCAGUGGAGAGGGAUGAGCAGAUGGAUAAGGGGAGCAGCUCUGAGGAUGAGGUUCCUUUACAGGGCAGGGACCAGGAGGAGUGUGAUGGAACCCGAGGAGAAGGUCACAUGCGCACAAGUCAAGCUGGGGAGGAGAAGGAGGAGAGGGGGGCUUACACUGGAGAAGAGAAGGAAAGGGAAAGCCCCAAGCAUCUGUUCGAUCAAACUUUAGACAGAGAAAUGACAGAGAGGAACGACAAAGAUGAUGGGCUGAGGCAAGCUGAAACAGGAGUAAUCACCUGUGCUUCGUCCCCCUUUGAAAACAGACUGAUGGAGAACCACUGUGACAACAACUCACUCUGUCAGGAACCCAACGGCAACGAAGAAAGGGCGGACAGGGAGCGUGCAAACUUACUGCACACAGCUGACAAAAUGUCCGAGCUCAAAUGGGAAGACGGUGAGCACAGGCUGACUAAUGGGGGCGCUCUCCAGCUCAUAGACCGCGACAGGGAGGGAUCUGAUGGCUGUGUAGAUGACUAUGGCGACUCAGGGUUGUCUCACUUCGACCCAGACGCUGACCUGCCACACCACUGUGAAAUCUGCAGAAAGACCUUUAAGAACCCCUACAGCGUCAAGAUGCACUACCAAAAUGUCCACCUGAAGGAGAUGCACAUGUGCACAGUGGAUGGCUGCAAUGCUGCCUUCCCCUCCCGCAGGAGCCGAGACAGACACAGUGCAAAUUUGAACCUCCACCACAAGCUACUGACCAAAGAAUCAUUCAGCCCAGCCAGCACCCUGUACCCGCCCUCAUCCCACUGUAGAGAGAGAGACUCUUUUGGCCUGGACUACUGCCAGGACCAGCGGGACAGAGACCUCCCCCAUCGAGACCCAACCAGCCACACCUCCGUCAUCUUCCGUGGACGCAACCGCAUGGGCCUGGUUUUCCCUAUGAGCAAAAUGUGUGCUGUGCCAGACAGUGCCGAGGCCUCGCCCUUGGGAGAGAUGGAGGGAUUAGGAGGAGGAGGAGAAGGUGGUGGAAGUGGGGAGGAUGGGGCAGUCCUGGACCUGAGCACCACCUCCUCUGCCCCACCUCGGGGCAGCGGCAGUGCACGAUCUUCCUGGGACUCAGAUGGAGCCGGCAGCGAGGAAGGGGAAGGGAUUGAAGAGGGUGAGGACACACUCCCCAUGGAGGACAGUGAUGAAAGCUGCGAUGGGAUUGGCAUGGGAAGGCCUGGGGCAGAGGAGUUGGCAGUUGGGGGAGAGAGGACCCUUGGCUGCGUUGGGGGAGGACAAGGCGGGCUUCAGGGAGGUGGGGGUGGAUCUCCGAUAACCUGCCACGUCUGCCAAAAGGUCUACAGCAACAAGGGCACAUUCAGAGCCCAUUACAAGACUGUCCAUCUACGACUGCUGCACAAGUGUAAAGUCCCUGGCUGCGAUACUUCCUUCUCCUCUGUGAGAAGCAGAAACAGGCACAGCCAGAACCCAAACCUCCACAGGAACCUAGCUGUUAGCUCAGGUGCCACGAUGGACCUGGAGUAGGGAUAUGAGAUCAUGCCAACAUGACUGAUUUCCUUUGUUCCAGUUGUCUUUUUUGUUGUUGUUGUUGUUGUUGUAGUUUUCUUUUUGGCUCACCAAUUAGCACUUUUUAAAGUCUGUACUUUGGUCCACCCUGUUGUCAUGUUUUGUGAAAAAAAGACAGAAAAAUAAAAAAGUACAAUCAGGAAUUCAUUUGUUACAACAAAUGCAAUUUCAUUUAGGAACAAAUGGCUUUUUUUUUUUUGCAAAACAAAAGUUGAUAAAGCAUUACAUGCAUCUGUCUGUGUUUACAUAUCAACAUACUGUACAAAGAACAACCGAAACACACACACCCAUCCGUAAAUUCAUUUUCAGCCUUGAGAAGUGGAACCACGAUGAGUGUCAAUCCUUCGUUGUAAUGCAGUACUGAUUUAAAUUUCUCUGUAUUGGUUUGCCUUACAGCCCAGUUUAGACCUUAAAAAAAAAAAGAAUCGGUAUGAACAGAAUUUUUCCACGUGUUGUCCAAGUGAGCGUUGAAUCAUGAAUCUGUAUCGUGCGAGUGAUUUUUAUCUGGUGUUUUUGUUGUCACAUGUCCACAUCUUCCCUGUGAAGCUGUGCAUUAUGCAUUGAUCAAAAUCAGUAGUGAAGUAACUUCUACAUCUGUCAUUUCAAUCAUUUGGACAAUGGUCUCCAAAAAGAGUCUUUGUUUUAAAAAAAAAAAAAAAAAGCUAUAGUGUUGUGAGCUUGACCAAUAAG